ACAUAGUAACACGGGCAACUGGUUUCCAAGCCCAAACAGCCAGGCCGCUUCUCGUUACUAUCAACGCUCUCCUCCUCCGUAAGAAACCGCAAAGCCGAGGAAAAAAUGCACGGUCGACCUCGCAAAGCACCCAAACCAGAGGACGAGGCAGCUUCGGCUGCCAAAGCCAAGAAGCUACGCAGUCUCCAAUCUCAAUUCUUCUCCUUUCACCACAACAAAAUUUACACUAAGGAAGCUGUUGAACUUAGUGCCAAGCUAUUAGAGAUCAAUCCUGAAUCCUACACCGCCUGGAACUAUAGAAAACUCGCUGUUGAGCACCAUCUCAGUCAGCCCGAGUCUAAUCCUGACUCCGUCAAGUCCAUUCUUGAUGACGAACUCAGAGUGGUUGAGAGUGCAUUGAGGCAAAAUUUUAAGUCAUAUGGAGCGUGGCAUCAUCGUAAAUGGAUUCUAAGCAAGGGGCAUUCAUUGAUUGAUCACGAACUGAGAUUGCUGGACAAGUUCCAGAAGGCUGAUUCUCGUAAUUUUCAUGCAUGGAAUUACAGGAGAUUUGUUGCAGAAUUGAUGAACAGAUCAGAACAAGAUGAAUUGAAGUACACGGAGCAUAUGAUUUAUACGAAUUUUAGCAACUACUCGGCGUGGCAUAAUCGCAGUGUACUACUGUCCAAUUUGCUUGAAGAAAAGGCUGAAGGGUUUCUCUCCAAAGAGAAGGUCUUGCCAGAGGAGUAUGAAUUUAUACACCAAGCUAUAUUUACAGACCCUGAUGAUCAAAGUGGAUGGUUUUAUCAUCUUUGGCUUCUAGACCAAACAGUUAAAGAUGACUCUCCUCUUCUUGUUUCUUCUUGGCCUGCUCAUGGUUCUGAUCUCUUUCUACUGGAAGAUAGGUGCCAUAAUGGUUCUGCUUUUUCUCCAUUCACAACUUUGCAUUCUGAUUCAGGGUCAUUUCCAGUUGUUCUUUAUUUUAAUCAAUCUGUUGAGGGUGUAAGCUCAUCUACGGUUACUGUUGAAUCUGGAUUUAAUAAAAAUGAAGAUCUUGUUUGGAAACCACUUUCAGCAAGUAACUCACAAACUGCACAAGUUUGGGUUGCACAUUUAAAAUUUCCAACUUCAGAGUUUCAUUCCUCAGUGGAAGUUAGUGUUGGACAUUCUAAGGGAAUCAUUUCAUCAAAAGGGUCUCAACAUAGCUAUCCGUCAACAUUUUCAUUUAAAGUUUGUGUACAGCCUGUCGAAAGAGAUUUCUCUGAAGCUUCAGUUGCAGAAAAUAUAUCAUGGAGAGAAGAAGAUUUUAAGGUCUAUGGAAGACAAACUCAGGAAUCAAUUCCAAUUGUCUCUUUUGAUGAACUAAGUAUCAAGAAUGAUCAUGAACCAACUGCAUCUAGCUGGCGUGCAGAGGCUAUAGCUAAAGAGAUUGAAUGCUUCCGUGAAUUGUUAUCAUUGAUGGAUUGUAAAAUUGGAAAGCUUACUCUUGCAAGAUUGUUGAUGGCUUAUGAUGUAAUGGCAUUUUCAUGUGCUAACAAACUGGUUCAUUCAGAAGAAGUUCUUGAACUGUAUAAUGAUUUGAUGAAGUUGGAUACAUCACAUUACCAAUACUACAAGGAUGAACAUAGCUUAGUCUUCCUACAGCAGGUGACUUCUAGUCGGGAGUCUUUGCUGAAACACUGCUUUCAGUAUAAAGACUCAGUUUCAUCAUCUAUUUGCAAUCCUAUCUGUCUCCGGCUGAAUAAUUUAUCGCUAUCACAAAUGGGAGCUUUUGAGAAAUUACUGUGGGUCCAAAUGUUAGAUCUCAGCCAAAAUGAACUACGAUCAAUCGAAGGAUUGGAAGCUAUGCAGCUCCUCUCUUGCUUAAGUUUGAGAAACAAUAAACUGAGAAGUUUGACUGCUCUGGAGCCUUUGAGAAAACUGAAGUCAUUAAGAGUAUUAGAUAUCUCAUACAACGAGAUCGGUGAACAUUCUAUUGACACAACAAGGUACUUGUGUUCUUCUCCUUUGUCUCAUUCAGUUGGAAGUGAAUGGAACAAGGAUGAAACCGUGAUCAGUGGCGUUGCUCUUAUUAAUUAUUGGGAGGCUUUUUUUAUAUUUAAAGAGUUGAGCUUGAAGCAAUUAGAUAUUGUAGGGAAUGCAAUUGCUGAUGAGAAGUUUAAGUCAAUUCUGGUCAAGGUUCUGCCGAAACUAAAGCGGCUGGAUGGGGAACUAUUGGAUUGAUUUUCAAUUUGCUAUCUCAAUACCUUUUCUCCGUCUCAGAUCCACUUUAGUCCCCAACCUUACCAUAGUUUUGUUGUAAUAGCAGAAUUUUUUAUUGUAACAUGAGAAUAUAUUGAAGAUGAUGUUAUAGUGUUGAAAAAGUGUCGUUCAUAAACAUUGAAUUAAAGUUUGACCAAUUGUUUUUGUAUGUGG